AUGGAGGGACUGGAACUGAUCUCUGAUGAUGUUCUGCUAAAUGAAAUUCUCACCCUAUUUAGAGACAUCAGCGAAAUUUUGGUCCUAAGAUUGGUUUGCAAAUCGUGAUGUGAAAGAUUCACGCUAUUAUUGCCUGCAGUUGUAGAAAUCUCACUGAUUGAAAUUGAUAAAAUCAACAACUAUGAAAUUUUUACACAAUCUCACAAGGAAUUGGAGAAGUUCAGGAACAUGAAAAUACUUUUUGAUUUUAAAUUGAAAAAGCUUGAGAGAGCGCAGUUGUUUUUUCAUAUGGAUCAGAUAGAUUUCUGUUUAGGGCGAGCAAUGAUAGCAUUAUGUGAAGAAAAAGAGCAUGCAACUAAUAGAGAGGUAGAAGCAUUUUUGGGGAAUGGCUUACUCAUCUUUCUAUGAUUGAGCAAGCAUAUAGCAAAUUUAUUAUUUUAGAAAAAUAAUCUGACCCAAAAAUUAAUGUUUUAGUUUUCAGCCUCUCUUUAUAUUUUAAUUAAAAACUCUAUAAAUUUAAAACGCUUUAUUUUAGAAAAAUUUUAGUAAAUUAGUUAGUAGGAAGGGAAUUAGUGAAGAAAUUGCAAAGUGUAUCCCCUGAAAAACUAAGCAGCGAGAUCUAUGAUGUCGCAAAAAGUGAACUAAUACAAACUCUGCAAAUUUUAGGCCCAUUAGAUGAAACACAAAGAAAAAUAAUUGAAUGAAUCACUGGAACUUUGAAACUUUAUGAAAUUGCAAACCAACUAAGCCCUUAUUUUAAUGAUUUAUAUAAAAUGAUGCUGAGAUUAGAUUAUUUGCAGUCAAAAGUCAAUAGAAUUUCAAGGUUCUUCGGAUUCAAUGGAGUAUAA